GAUAAAUUUUUUUUUCAUUUAUUUAUAUUUAUUUUUUAAAUAUAAAUGAAAAAUUUAUCUUUAUUUUUUAAGUAUAAAUGAUUCAUUUACAUUUAUUUUCCAAAGUAACACUAAAUUAACACCCCUAUUACUGAUGGAUGUAAAUAUGUCAGUAACGUAGGUCAAAAACGCACAGGUUCGCUUCCUAAACUUGAAGAGGAAUUUCUGAAGGGUUUAUGAGGGUAUCACCAUACGGAACGAAUAAGAGUUCAGAAGAGCUCAAAACUUUUUUCUAAGGGUAGUUUUCUAAACUCAAAAGCGUUCCGCUCAGUGACAGCUUUGAAACUAUUUUUGGUUUUUUAAACUACAAUUGUUUUGGUACAGAGCAUAAGCAGUUAUCAGUGACUUGAAAUUACCGUAUGGCUAAACACUAUACUUGUGCCAGACAUUCUAAAUAUAAGUAUUUUCUUCACAAUCAACAACUCUAACCUGAAUAUCAAAAGCAACAAGAAAUUAUUUAACCCUUCUGAUGAAAAAGUGAAACCAGAGAUUGUUGUUUUUCAAAAUUUAGCAACCACAACCAGCACUUACUCAACAAGCACUACGUCAAGUAAUUCACAGCAGGAAAUGAUUUAACUCUUCUGACGAAAAAGUGAAACCUGAGAUUGUUGUUUUUCAAAAUUUAGUAACCACAACCAGCGCUCACCCAACAAGCACAACGACGAGUAAUUCACUGCAUUCUAGAGUUUUUUCGAAUACUCAAACUGUCAUUGUUCUAGCCACAACAACAACAUUUGCUUGUCCAACAAAUUACGCCAGUCCUUAUGCUACAUAUAAUACACUUCUCUCAACAUCCCCCGCUGCAACAGGGGGUAUAAUAAAACUUUGGCAUUAGCUUUGUGAACGAUAUGUUUUUCUUAUAGCUUAUGAUACAAAUGUUGUUGUGAAUGGUAAUGGAGAAACCGGUGCUUGUGAAACAGGUUCUGGAUCAAUAUCUCCACCCGGCUGGACGACAAGCGGGCCUAUAACACAAGUAUCUUACAACAAUCCAACAUAUGGUGAUCUAUCACUUACUGAUCCCGGUCCGAGUGAUCGUGGAUGCUGCUACUUUUUUGGUCAAAUAUCAGCUAAUACUAGUAUGUUACAAACUAUUAAUCUCACAGCUUAUUCAACGGCUAUUGAUGCCCAUAACGUUUCAUAUAAUUUGUCGGCAUGGCUCGGUGGAUACGGGACUCAAGACGAUAGUGCCGCAGUCAUCGUUCUAUUUUUCAGCCAAUCGAUGCUCCUGCUCGGUUCAAGUACGAAGAUUGGUCCUGUGUACGCGGCUGCGCGUGGGAGUAUUUCUAAAUUAUUGUAUCAAUCAACGAAAGGGAUGGUCAUGGUAAAUGUUCGUUAUCUACAAGUACAAGUUAUCAUAACACGAUCCGUUCCAAAUUCGAAUGAUGGUGACGUUGACGAUGUAUCAGUAGUACUUUCUCAAUGA